GUGUGCUGUGUUAGUCGUCGGCAAACGUCCUAUUCAGGAUCAACAGAAACGAUCCGACUGUGGUCCCCCCUCCAUCCAUCCAGCCGCUAGACAAAACUCGACCAUUUGCGCUCGUCCGCUUUUCUCUCGCUCGCUCGCUCCCUCUUCUCUCUCUCUAUCAUUCUGCUGGAGCUGGAAACUUCGCCUGUGUGCGUGCAUGUGUGUUGGUUCUUUUACAGCCGGAUUGCCACCACCGACCCGAGUCCGCCGCCCACAUCACAUCGCAAACUCUUGAAUUAUUAAAAGACAAACUGGAUAAACAAACAUGGACGUGGACGACACAUGGGACUUGAUAUUCUGAGCCGCCAAAGAGAGUGACAGAGAGAGAGAGAGAGCGAGAGAGAGAGAAAAGGCAGGACUUUUUUUUUACCUUUCAUUUUGGUUUCAUUUUUGUUUUAAUCCUUCAACCGAAAAAGGGCAAAGAAAAAAAAAAGGGAAACGCGUUGGAUAUCAAUUGCAUCAGAGACGCAGGAGUGACAGUGUCCGUUCAUUUUUCAUCUAGUGAAGGCGUGAAAUUUCAUUCGGCGCUCGCUCAUCCCUCGGAUGUGGGGUAUUCCCGGUGACUGAUUCCGCCCAUCCAUCAUCACAUUAUUUUCUUCCCAUGUCCUAAUUUUUUUUUCUCCUCCCAACCCCCCGUUCACUCCUCUUUUAAUUUUCACAUUUGCCCCCCUCAGUUCCUACUUACCUACACAUCACAUCGGUUGGCGUAAACAAUCUCUUGGCGCUCGAUUCCGGAUUUCUCCUAGAAGAAGAAAAGCCUCCCCCCUAGGCCUUGCCUAACGCGUCUCUGGCCAUUCGAGUGUGUAAUAACCCUACAUACAUUACAAGCAACUAACGAGCGGCGGUGGCAGAGAUAACCCUCCCACCCCACCAAACAAAAAAACAAGGUCACCCAACAAAUAGAGUGAACGGGAUUGAUUGAUUGAUUGCAACUCUGAGCUCGAAAAAAAUACAAACAAAAACCAGAAGGGGCUGAAAACAGAAAUUUCUUAAGAAGAAGAAGAAAAAGAAGAAAAUGAUUAUCGGGGCCAAUUUGCGAUUUGGUGGCAGCGGCGGGACGACAAACGGAACGAGGACUUUCAACUGUCCGGCAAGCAGUUCAACCGAAGCCAGCCUCCUCUAUCUCAUCGCCGUUCUAGGCGUCGUGACCAACGUGGCCGUCAUGUUGCUCAUUCUCGGGCGGGCGACGCUAAGAAGAUGGUCGCAGGGUUUGAUCUUCCACCAGGCGGCCGUCGACUGCACGAGGGCGACAAUGCUUUUACCGUUGGCUUUGAGCCACCAUUUCUGCCGGCCCGUGUCCCAGUGUUCCAUCUUUGAGACCGUCUUUUUGUUGCUGGCCACCGUGUCGGCCGUCAACCUUUUGACGACGGUCCUCAACGACACGCCGCUCAUGCCCGACGACGACGGAAUAGACAUCGACUGGCUCGUCAAUUCUCCCGACACGUCCCAUUGGCUGCAAGACGAUGAAGACGACGAAGACGGGCCCACAAAGCAUCCGGCGCUGGGAGGCGACGGAGGCUUCAGCGCCAACGUCGGCGCCCGCCUACUGGACGCUCCGCAUUGCGUCCUUUUCGGCAUCACCAUGAUCUGGUUCGCGGCCAUUACCGUUAAUCUGGGACCGACUUUCAUCACGGGCGCCCUGGCCAACCACGUCGAAACGACGCCCCUCCAUCCGGCCUGUCCCCUCAUUCAGACGCCCUACAGGCACUACAUCGUCAAUUUGCUGUGGGUCAUCGUCAAUUCACUUUGUCUCAUUCUCACCGUCACGCAUCUCUACCGUCUCCACCGCGACCUCAUCCGAUCCCGAAAACAGGCCGUCCGCGUCACCGGAGUGGUGGCAACGGUAGCCGGUCCAGCCGUGGCGGGCAAUACGGAUGACAACAGCAAUUUCCACAAACUGCUGAGACGACUCGAGUGCGAGGGUUUGCAGCGCAUUCGCAUGUUCACAACCAUCUGCAUUGUUUACGCUCUCUUUUGGGGCCCGCUCUUUUUGGUGGUGGCCUUUGGAAGUCGAGCGAGCGAGGAGGGACGCGGCCUGGCUUCCGUCGGACCGCCCAAAGACCCUGCCUCCCACCAGGUCACGCUCUACAUCUGUUUCGCUCACGCUUUCAUCAAUCCCACAGUCUUCCUGCUCCUACAUUCUGGUCUCAGAGAAGCUGCCUGCGCCGUUCUGUCCUGUUUCUUCGGACGCGACUGCCGGAGCGGCCGUUCCGGGCACUCGCCCGAUUCGGUCGGCCACUACGGUGGCAACGGGCCGGACUCCUUCGGCCAACGCGGCCACCACUUGCAGCCGCAGCAGAGACGGCCGCCGCCGACGCUGGCCGGACUGGUAGACUACGACCGCAUCAUCAAUUUCAACGGAGCGCCAAGUUUUCUAUCGCCGGUUCACACGUUCCCGCCCGUCCUCGCCGCAACUCCGUCGGCGGCUUCAACGGCGGUGGAUUCUCGGCCAAUGUGAGUCGUCGGAGACGGUCAUCUGACAGUCAAGAUGAACGACCCAAAAGCCGGAUCAAAACGACCCAAAUCAUCUUCGUUUACGAAACAAAAAAUUUGAAAAGAAACGAAGAUGAAAUGGAAACAAAACAAAGAAUUUACUUCUGGAGUUUCGCCCACCUAGAGCCGGCCCCGAGUGUUUCCUUUAUCUCUUUUUAUUUUCCAAUUUUCCCUUUCAUUCUUCAUAUUUAAGGUCUAUUUCGAUUUACGCGCUAAAAAGAGGAGGGAAAUGAAAGGUUGAGUCUAUAGGGAGUCGGGGAGGACCUGAUGGACCGUUUUUGACACUUGGCCGAACAGAUAUCCGACAUGUUUAUAUACUAAAUUUAGAGAGAGGCAGAUAUCGAUCGGGGCCCAACGGCAUCACCAGAAGCAAAAAGCAAAUCAUCCAAAAAGCCUUUCCCCAAUUGGUAAAAAGGGCAUGAAGAAGAUUCAAUUCCUUCAUAACACAGUAGCCGUCUCGCUGUUUUUCUCUAUUUUCUCUAUCAAUUUCUCCAUCUAACUUCCUCUAUUCCAGCCCUCGAGAUUUAAUAUAAAGGCUGAGCUCUUGUAACAACAGCACCAACAACAACCAUAAGAGACAAGAGGGGAAAGAGAAAAGGCGAAAGAAAGGAAUAAAGCGAAAAGAAAGAAUCCAUUUUGAUUUGGAGAGAAUGCAAUCUUACUUGUUCAAAGCCUCCUAAAAGUUCAGUUGUAUCCAUAGCCGAGUUUGUAUUCAAGACGUCGAGGGGAUGACCGGUUAACUGGGCUACUAAACGCACCAGACUCGUUUUCCCACUAGCUCUCGGGCCAACCUAAUUGAAUAUUUCAUUCCAAAGUUUGAUCUCAAUUUUUCAAGUUUAAAUUCCAUUACAUAAAAUUAAACAACAAUCAAAAAGAUUAAAAAAAAAACAGUUUGUAGGCAAUUUCCAUGGCAGUUAUGAACCCUUCCAUUUACUCAAUGCAUUAUAAUGAUUAGUUCUGUGCUUAUUUCCGGCUUCUUUUUUGGUUGAGUUAUUGAACAGUUAUAAAUCCAUCUGUGAGCAGUGUGAAUACAAAUUGCACUUACUUUCUUUGUUCGGGGAUUGCCCAAACUUGUAAACUCAAAAAGAAAAUACAUUUAAUGCUCCGUG